AUGUUUCUAAACCUCAAUCAUAAUUUGCUCCAAUUCCUAGGGUCACCGAAGAACCCGAAGAGAAUAAUAGUGAGGAGGGGGAGAAAACAGGAAAAGUCGAGCCCCACUCCAUCCUCACCUCGACACCGCUCCUAUGCCAGUUUUUCUGCCCAAACCCUUCCCUGCGCUUUGCUUCAAGUUCUUAGCAGAAUCCAAGGGAACUUCACCCCCAAUCUUUCCACCUAUACACCUCAAUUCCUAGAGCCAUUUGUCCCUCCUGUGACGCCCCCCACCCCCUUCCUAAAACCACCCCCGGCUGCAGCCCGCCCCGAGCGCGCCGCCUGUUUAUUCAGCCGGGAGUCCGAAACAAGAAGGCGCCAGCGGCAGCCUCACACGCGAGCGCCACGCGAGGCUCCCGAAGCCAACCCGCGAAGGGAGGAGGGGAGGGAGGAGGAGGCGACGUACAGGGAGGAGAAAAAGCAUUUUCACCUUCUUUGCUCCCACUCUAAGAAGUCUCCCGGGGAUUUUCAGCCGCAGCCCCAGCCGCAGCCCCAGCAGCCCUUCCUGCCGCCCGCAGCCUGUUUCUUUGCCACCGCAGCAGCCGCGGCGGCCGCGGCAGCCGCAGCGGCCGCGCAGAGCGCGCAGCAGCAGCAGCAGCAGCAACAGCAGCAGGCGCCGCAGCUGAGACCGGCGGCCGACGGCCAGCCCUCAGGGGGCGGUCACAAGUCAGCGCCCAAGCAAGUCAAGCGACAGCGCUCGUCUUCGCCCGAACUGAUGCGCUGCAAACGCCGGCUCAACUUCAGCGGCUUUGGCUACAGCCUGCCGCAGCAGCAGCCGGCCGCCGUGGCGCGCCGCAACGAGCGCGAGCGCAACCGCGUCAAGUUGGUUAACCUGGGCUUUGCCACCCUUCGGGAGCACGUCCCCAACGGCGCGGCCAACAAGAAGAUGAGUAAGGUGGAGACACUGCGCUCUGCCGUCGAGUACAUUCGCGCGCUGCAGCAGCUGCUGGAUGAGCAUGACGCGGUGAGCGCCGCCUUCCAGGCUGGCGUCCUGUCGCCCACCAUCUCCCCCAACUACUCCAACGACUUGAACUCCAUGGCCGGCUCGCCGGUCUCAUCCUACUCCUCGGACGAGGGCUCUUACGACCCGCUCAGCCCCGAGGAGCAGGAGCUGCUCGACUUCACCAACUGGUUCUGAGGGGCUGGCCUGGUCAGGCCCUGGUGCGAAAGGACUUUGGAAGCAGGGUGAUCGCACAACCUGCAUCUUUAGUGCUUUCUCGUCAGUGGCGUUGGGAGGGGGAGAAAAGAAAAAGAAGAAGAAAAGGGAAGAAGAAAAAAACGAAAACAGUCAACCAACCCCAACGCCAACUAAGCGAGGCAUGCCUGAGAAACAUGGCUUUCAGAAAACGGGAAGCGCUCAGAACAGUAUCUUUGCACUCCAAUCAUUCACGGAGAUAUGAAGAGCAACUGGGACCUGAGUCAACGAGCAAAAUGCAGCUUGUGUGCAAAAGCAGUGGGCUCCUGGCAGAAGGGAGCAGCACACGCAUUAUAGUAACUCCCACCACCUCUAACACGCACAGCUGAAAGCUCUUGCUCGGUCCCUUCACCUCCCUGCCCUCUCUCAAAGUGCAGUUCUUAGCCCUUUAGAAACGAGUUGGUGUCUUUGGUCUCAGUAGCUCCUACCCCAGUAAGCUGUAGACAUUGGUUUACAGUGAAACUAUGCUAUUCUCAGCCCUUUGAAACCCUGCUUCUCCUCCAGGGCCGGAUUCCCAAACCCCAUGGCUUCCCUCACACUGUCUUUUCUACCAUUUUCAUCAUAGAAUGCUUCCAAUCUUUUGUGAAUUUUUUAUUAUAAAAAAAUCUAUUUGUAUCUAUCCUAACCAGUUUGGGGAUAUAUUAAGAUAUUUUUGUACAUAAGAGAGAAAGAGAGAGAAAAAUUUAUAGAAGUUUUGUACAAAUGGUUUAAAAUGUGUAUAUCUUGAUACUUUAACAUGUAAUGCUAUUACCUCUGCAUAUUUUAGAUGUGUAGUUCACCUUACAACUGCCAUUUUCCCUAUGUGGUUUUGUCAAGAACUCUCCUCAUAGGUGAGAUCAAGAGGCCACCAGUUGUACUUCAGCACCAAUGUGUCUUACUUUAUAGAAAUGUUGUUAAUGUAUUAAUGAUGUUAUUAAAUACUGUUCAAGAAGAACAAAGUUUAUGCAGCUACUGUCCAAACUCAAAGUGGCAGCCAGUUGGUUUUGAUAGGUUGCCUUUUGGAGAUUCCUAUUACUGCCUUUUUUUCCCCUUACUGUUUUAUUACAAACUUACAAAAAUAUGUAUAACCCUGUUUUAUACAAACUAGUUUCGUAAUAAAACCUUUUUCCUUUUUUUAAAAUGAAAAUAA